AUGGUGAAUGAGGAUGGUACUGCAGUAAGAAGGAUUGGAUCUAAAGGUAAUGGUAAUGGACAGUUUGAAUAUCCUUGGGGUUUAUUGCUGGUAGGAGACAGGCUCUAUGUGUCUGAUUAUAAUCUUAAUCGUGUGCAGUAUUUCUCAGCUACUACUGGUCAGUAUAUUGGUCAGUUUGGUAGUAAAGGUAAUGGAAAUGGACAACUCUCUGGUCCUGAAGGUAUGUCUACUGAUGGUAAAGGUAAUAUAUUUGUGGCUGAUUACAGCAACAAAAGAGUACAAGUAUUUAAAGAAGAUGGUACAUUUGUACAAGUCAUACAGUGUGAUAGUGCUGCAUCUGAUGUAGCAGUUGAUAAUGAAGGAAAGAUACACGUUAUCAUUUAUGAUCAGCAUCAUGUUCAAGUCUUCUCUCCUGAUGGUAAAACUCGUCUUGAUACAUACAAUAAUCCAGCUGGUAACUUUAAUGAUCCUGAUGGUAUUGCUAUUGAUGAUGAAGGAUAUAUCUUUGUAUCAGUUUAUAAUAAUGGCACCUCUUAUCUUAAUGCUUUGUGUCCUGACAGGAAACAAGUCAAAUUAAUCUCAGUAUCUAACCCAUAUGGUAUAGCACUGGAUAAGGAUGGAUAUAUUUAUGUCACUGAUUGCAAUGACAAACGUAUAACAAAAUAUUGA